AUGCGUCGGAUUGCGAUAAAGCCGGAGGAGCAGACGACCCACUCGGUGACCCAAGUCGGCGUGUCUGGGCACCGUUUGCGCGCAUGCAACAAGCAAUCACAGGGCGCCGAUACCCACCGACUCGGCGACACACUUGACCGCCGACCGAUGCCAAAUCCUGUCAGCUGGGGCCUCCAGAGGGGGCUCGAGACGAGCCCCACUAAACGACGCACUUCUGACAUACACCCACCUCCUUACACACACACACACACACACACAGACAGAAUUUCUGCCAUAGGUACCGAGCAUGAAGCUGUGUGGUUCGAGUCCCGUCACUGCGAGGCCCUCACGGACGGUGCUCGAGUCGACACAGCACCAGAGGCAAGAGGGACGGCCGUAUGA